CUGCGCAAGUUGACAAGCUAUAACAACCUGUAAUCAUUUGUCGAGCGUUUACAUACUCAAACAGUCGUACGUCACUUAAUGUUUAACAAUUGACACACAAUCUGCAAAAAAUAUGUAAGGAUUUUCGAUCGCACUGGAUUCACAGCUUUCCUUACGCAGUUGAUCAAUUAUUUCGCUACAAAAACAGAUGGCGGACGGGGCUGUUCGACAUUACACGGAAUGGACUCCAAGGCUAAUCAGGCGGUCAAGGUAUGCGUAUGAAGAUGAAUCCCGGGAAACAAGCAACAUUAUGAAUAUCCUGGGGUAUGGACCCGAGAUCAGACAGAAACGCCGAGAACAUUACAUAGAGAUUGAUAGGCUGUUUAAUACAUUUGGAGAGAACUUACUGAGUACGUACAUCACUGCGGGGAGCAAAGCGGAGGGACUUACAUGUUUAUACGAUAGCGAUAUUGACACAAUAUUUGUGUUACCAUAUGUUGUGUGUUUGGAAAACUGUUUUGACCAAAGCAAUAUUCCUUGUCACAUCACUAUAUUAGAAAUGAGUUUCAAAAUGACAACUGCGGGAUAUUGUAGAGUACUACUUGGGAGACUUGCUCCUGCAGGCUCUUCUGCUAUUCCCGAUUCCUUAUGUGAAAAUGACUGUGGCAACCCUUUAUUAAGCAGUGCACUAUUUGUAGCUCAUUUCAACUACGCAUGGUGUGCAUCCGGCAUGGUCAUCCAUCCACGUGCUGGUCCAUCGUUGCCAUGGUCUCAUGGUCCUUUCAAAAAUGAUAGGGUACACGCCAUUCGCUGUCACUGUCCAAACAUAUUGCAGACAUGGGCAAAUCGAACUCGUCACUGGCCACCAUCAGAUAUUGUAGAGAAAGUGGUUGCGAUGGGAGCUUUAGUUACUCCGAUCGGGUUUAAAGGCAGCGAACUCAACCAUAUGGAAUGGAGGAUAUGCUUUAAUACUGGAGAGACGGAACUUGUAAAUAAUCUUAAUGACACUCAGAUCAAAUUAUAUGUUUUGCUUAAAAUGAUCGCUAAGGAUAUACUGAAACCGCAGAAAAAAGAAAUCACAUCGUACACAAUGAAGAAUGUCGUAUUUUGGCUAGCGGAGAACAACCAAUCCUCUUUUUUCCAUUCCGGAAGUUUGUUUCAUUGGCUUCGUGAGGGACUGAAUAACUUACGAACCUCUUUGUCCACUAAGCAACUGCCUUACUAUAUGAUACCUGAACGAAAUCUGUUGGCGGAAUCUGAACUGAACACUGAUCAGCAGCUACUCUGGGUGAGAACUAUAGCGGACAUGAUGGAGGAAGGGCCGAGAAUACUACUUAGGUUGAAGAUAUUCCGACAGGCAAUUAUCGGGUACCCGGAACCACUUCUGUGGUAUAGCAAGAUGAGGACUGGAAUGGAGAUGUGGACGUUGGAGCUUAACAAAAGAAUGUGUCAAUGCACGGUCACGUGUUCCAUGGCUAUUGAGACUGAUACUAUCCUGCAGACAUGCAUGAAACGUAUUUAUGAGAUCAGUAAAGAGGUCUUGUGCCGUAUGUUUCUGGAGGGCAGUUCAGUUAAUGAUAUCAAUGUACACGAGGCGAUGCUAAGCUAAGGACCUAUUUAAAAUGUAUCGUUGACACAUUUUUACAUGUACAUAUAUUUUGUGUGUGAACACACUAACAAAGUUUCAAGCAACAUCAGCAAUAGGGAAUUUUAAUUAAUUAUAUUUUUAGAAAGUUUCUAUAUGUACAGUCAAGUCCCUCGCCUUUUUAGAUCAGCGUUUGCUGAUAAUGAUUAAUGUUUGUAACGACGUUUUUGUAUGAUUCGAGGAGAAAGAUUUCGACUGCUUAACUUAGGUUAAAUAUUUGAUACGUUAAGCACGUUUCAAUGAAUAAAGAAUAACAUCAGUGCUAACAUGUUCAAAUUUUGGUCCCGUUAAACCAUUUAAUAGUUUGUUUUUUUACAUGUAUUAAUAAUGAUUUUCUUCAGUUUGGAAUUAGCAAUAUAAACCACUCGUUAAAAGAUUAUCUGAUAU